AUGAGCAUAAUUUGCCCAAAGGCCUUCGACCGCUUCAACGACUACGUCCGGGGGCCUUUGCAGACUGUAUUUGUGGAGAGUAUCGGACAUGAGGCCCAUGUGCCAUACCACCUGUGUGUGGUUGCGUUCUUGCCUAUGAAUUUCUAUUCGCUGGUGAACACUCUGGGUUGUGACAGCGGUCCUUGCGAAACCUCAGCCCGGAGCGAAGGUUUUGCGUCAGUGGAGUGGUAUUUGGGGGCACAGGCAUUUGCAUGGUUGCUAUGCCUGCUCCUUACCUUUCCGCUCACCCACCCCGUUCUCUUAAGGUGUAUCCGGCUCGUCAUGUCCUACAGUGAUGGCUACCUGCAGACGGUUCUGGCAGUACUUUGCUGUCCCAUCGCCUAUGCUUACUCCUACAUCUGUG